AGAUGGACAAGCACGUUGGAGCAGACACACAUCAGCACUUUAUAGAUCUCUGCACAAUGAUCACGGCAAGCGCCACGGCGUACGCCCUUGUCGCUCAAGAAAAGCAGUACCCUUUGCAGAUUGGCAAGAAUGUGGUGGGCCGCAGCAACGUCCCGGUAGAGGGUGUUUCGUUUAUUAACUUGGAAUCGCCUCUGGCUGCCAUCAGCCGUAUGCAGGCAUUCGUGGACGUCGCCGCGAACGGGGACGCGUGGGUUAGCGACUGCAACAGCACUAACGGCACCUUCCUCAGCGUACGUCCGGGUCCUGGUGUUCGACUGGAGACCAACCGUUACUACCAGCUCACGCCUGGGUGUCGCAUCGUGUUUGGCGAUGUGGAAUGCACCUUUGAAGCUCUUGGCAGCACGCCUCACACGCCUGAACGAACCACCGCCUCACCGGCGAGCUCCGCGGCGCGGGCCUCGCGCAAAACAGAGCGCAUCGACGUCAUUGGGGCGUCCACGGACAGCAUCGGCAAAGCACCGCGAUCGAAGCGUGAGGACAACUGGAAGGCGCCACACACUGAUGACACGAAGGUGCAUCGGGGCGACAUACCCUACCUCGACGAGAGCGUCAGCUUCUCACAGGAUCACAACGGUGUCGCAGCCGCAUCGCCAGCGGAGAAAGAGAAAGGAAGGAAUACCGCGAACCGCAGCUCACCGGCCGCGUCCUCAUCUCCCGCUCCGGCGAAGAAGGGGAAGAAAGAAACCGCGACCGGCUCCUCCCCUUCGCGCGCCAAGGAAACCAAGUCGUCGCCUCAGUCUGCGGGUCAAACGGCUGGUCCGCCGGUUGUCUGCCUGACCGGCAUGGAUAGCGAUGAGCGGACGGCCAUCACUAAGCGGGUGCGACAGCUGAAGGGGCGCGUGGUGGAGGACAUUACCAAGGCAAACCUUCUCGUCGUCGCCACCCCGCCGGUGCGCACGCCGAAGUUCAUCAUUGCGGUCGCGCGCGGCGUCCCGGUCGUGUCGGUCAGGUACAUUUGCAAUGACCAGGCGGAGCUGGAGGACGCGCGACGCCACAUCGUUGGCCUCAAAACGCCACAGCACACGUACACAGCAGCGGCCUUGGAAAAGGUGAUUUAUCGAAAAGACCAUCGACCGCUGCUGAAGGGCGUGCGCGUUAACGUGUCUGCGCUAUCAAGUAAAACGAAAGGUGUAGCGACGGAGAUCAUCACCGCGUCGGGCGGCGAAGUGGAUCGCACCAAGAAAGGCGACGCUCUCCACGUCACUGAUGAUCGGCUGGACGCCUUGUACGACUCUAUUCUGCGAGGCAAAGUGCCACAGUCGCUGUGA